AUGUCUGCCCGAGCAAAGCUUGGUGUGGGAUUGCCCAUGCUCAGAGUGGCCAGACCGUUGUUUCAUCAGGGCCUCUUGAUGAUAUUCGAGAUAGUUGAACUUGAGCAUACCACAACGAAUACCCAGACAUCACAGAAUAAAUUCGGACAUCACACACGGCUUCUGCGGCCCGUGGGCAAUCAACCACGACCCCGGAUGCUCGCAACGGCGCGAGAGACGAGAAGCAAACGUCAUGUCAUCGUCGAGCAGCGCUGUGUGCCGGUAAAUACAGGCCUAAGCAUGUCAGUCGUGUUCGGGGAUUAUCUUGCUGGCGGUGGGUUGCAGAGGGCCGAGCGAGUCGUUGCGUCCGAAAAGGUCGUCUUGUCUGGCAAGUGUAGCCAUGCUGUGUUGCAGUCUACCGAGGGCACGCAACCCAAAGAUGACGAUGCCAACGCAGUGCACUACACGCCUUCUAACAGGGGACUCAUCCGCUUCAACGAAAGCGCUUGUAAUCCAUGCUUUGUGGAUCGCCCUGUCAACCAUAUCUCAAUGUGCCCCGUCGUGAAGCCCCAUCUCGAAGCCCCGUCGCAAGGCCCCACCGGGUAG